AUCUGCAGACUAUUAACUUCUUCAAGCUUGGUUCAACAAUGUGCAUGGUUGAUUUACCGGGAUAUGGUUUUGCUUAUGCAAAAGAAGAAGUGAAAGAAGCUUGGGAGGGGCUUGUGAAAGAGCAUGUUUCUACGUGUCUUGGUCUAAAGAGAGUCUGCCUUCUGAUUGAUACAAAGUGGGGCAUGAAACAACCAGAUCAUGAGCUCAUUGAUUUAAUGGAGAGAGCUCAAACAAAAUACCGGAUUAUUUUAACCAAGACAGACACGGUUUUCCCAAUAGAUGUGGCACGACGAGCCAUGCAAAUUGAAGAGAGCCUCAAGGCAAACAAGUCUGUUGUUCAGCCUGCGGUGAUGGUAAGCUCAAAAUCUGGAGCUGGUAUCCAAAGUUUAAGAACAGUGCUUGCUAAGAUCUCUCGGUUUGUGAAACCAUAAAUGGUGUAUGCUAAAUUGUAGCGCGGUGCCGCUUGAGACGGAGAUAGUGAAGCGUUAGCUUGAUUUUGAUUGGAUUUUAACAUGGCUUCAAUCAUCUAAGUUGGCUCAUUUUAUGAAUAGGCAGUAGAAUUUAGAUUGUAAAGAAUCAUAAGAAUUGUUAGAAGUGUGUGCUAACUUGUGGUGUGGUGCCUUUUGAGAUGGAGUUAAAGCUUUGGCACAGUUCCUAUUGAAUUUAAUUUGGUUGCAGUUGUCUGACGCACAAGUUGGUUCGUAAGUUCAAGCUAUUUUUCGUUUUCCUAA